GGAGGAGCGCAGCUCGGCUGCGGGGGCAGAGCGCAGCUCCCCCAGAGAGGCUGCGGGCAGCAUGGGCGCGGGCCCGGCGCUGGCCCUGCUGCUGCUGGCCGGGUCGGUGCUGAGCGCCACGCUGCUGGCCCCCGGCCGCCGGGCGGAGCCAGAUUUAGAUGAAAAAAGGAACGUGGAGCUGAAGAUGGACCAGGCUUUGCUGCUUAUCCACAAUGAACUGCUGGGAACAAGCUUAACUAUAUACUGGAAGUCUGAAUAUUGCUACCAAUGCACCUUCCAGCCUCUGGCGAACGUCUCCCAUGGCCGAAAACCUGCAAAGCCAAGCGUUGAAGCUGUCUCUGUGAGCACCCAGCACGGGUCCAUCCUGCAGGUUAACUCUACCUUGGAAGAGAGAGCAGCUUGCAGGCUAGAAUACAAAUUUGGAGAAUUUGGAAACUAUUCCCUUUUGGUACGGCACGCUUCCAGCGGAGCCGAUGACAUUGCCUGUGACCUAGUUGUUAAUGAGAAUCCAGUGGACAGUAACCUUCCUGUGAGCAUCGCAUUUCUUGUUGGUCUAGCCCUCGUCAUAGCGAUAUCCAUCCUGAAGCUCUUGCUGAGUUUGGAUGACAUCAAUAAUUGGAUUUCUAAGGCAAUAGCUUCUCGAGAAACUGACCGCCUCAUCAAUUCUGAACUAGGAUCCCCCAGCAGAGCAGACCCUCUCGGCGCUGACUGCCAACCAGAAACACGGCGUGCUUCUGCCUUGCCACACCGUCUCCGAUGCGUGGACACAUUUAGGGGGGUAGCUCUCAUCCUUAUGGUCUUCGUUAACUACGGCGGAGGAAAGUAUUGGUACUUCAAACAUUCAAGUUGGAAUGGCCUGACUGUGGCUGACCUCGUCUUCCCAUGGUUUGUAUUUAUUAUGGGAUCUUCAAUUUUCUUGUCAAUGACUUCUCUCCUGCAACGAGGAUGUUCCAAAAUCAAACUGCUGGGGAAAAUUGCAUGGAGAAGUUUUCUGCUAAUUUGUAUAGGAAUCAUCAUUGUCAACCCCAAUUAUUGCCUUGGUCCGUUGUCUUGGGAUAAGGUGCGGAUCCCUGGUGUCCUGCAGCGGUUGGGAGUGACAUACUUUGUGGUUGCCAUGUUGGAGCUCUUCUUCUGGAAGCCUGUGCCUGACAGUUGUACCUUGGAAAGAAGCUGCUUGUCUCUCCGAGACAUAACUUCCAGCUGGCCCCAGUGGCUCAUCAUUCUGAUCCUGGAAAGCAUUUGGCUGGCUUUGACAUUCUUUUUACCUGUCCCUGGGUGCCCUACUGGCUACCUUGGCCCUGGAGGUAUAGGGGACUUGGGGAAGUAUCCUCAUUGUACUGGAGGAGCCGCUGGCUACAUCGACCGCCUGCUUCUGGGAGACAGUCACCUAUACCAGCACCCAUCCUCCGCUGUGCUGUAUCACACUGAGGUGGCCUACGACCCAGAAGGAGUCUUGGGGACUAUCAACUCCAUUGUGAUGGCAUUUUUAGGAGUUCAGGCAGGAAAAAUACUGUUGUAUUACAAGGAUCAGACGAAAGCCAUCCUGAUACGAUUCGCCGCCUGGUGCUGUAUCCUUGGGCUUAUUUCUAUUGCUUUGACAAAGAUGUCUGCAAACGAAGGCUUUAUUCCAAUAAACAAGAAUCUCUGGUCCAUCUCAUAUGUCACCACGCUGAGCUGCUUUGCCUUCUCCAUCCUCCUCAUCCUCUACCCGGUGGUGGAUGUGAAGGGCCUGUGGACAGGAACCCCAUUCUUUUAUCCAGGGAUGAAUUCUAUCCUGGUGUACGUCGGUCACGAGGUGUUUGAGGACUACUUCCCCUUCCAGUGGAAGCUGGAGGAUGAGCAGUCACAUAAAGAGCAUCUCAUCCAGAACAUAGUCGCCACCGCUCUCUGGGUGCUCAUUGCCUACAUUCUCUAUAAAAAGAAGGUUUUCUGGAAAAUCUGACAGCACCCGCUGAAAUUCAUUGCUGGAGGAAGCUAGAGGGUCAGGGAGGAGAGCGGCAGCCUCCCUCCCGAAGGGGACAUGCUUCCGGAUGCUGUGCCCAAGCCGGUGGGCUUAGAUAUCAGGAAGGUGCCUGUAUAUUUUUGACUCACAUAUUUACAUAUUUGACUUGUUGCUCUCCGGUUUCUCCAUUUUGUAUGAAAUUGAUAUAUUUGGAACAUGUGUGGAGAUCUUGUUUAACUUCUCAGAGGGGAUUUACUCUGGAAAUUUUGCCUCUGUGAAAGAGGCCGAGGUUGGUGGACCAUGCUUGACUCAGUGGUAGAACCUUCUCCAAGUCUGGAGAGCACCUUGGGUUUGGUUCUGGCAUCACAACAAGCAAACAGGAAGGACCAGUUCUUACUUCCUGAAAACUGCCUUUCCAUGUGUAUACGCUUGCCGACAAUGACUGCCGCCAUGGUUUCGUGGUGACAGACUAUAAAGCUUUUUGAAUGGACUGUGUCGUAGUGUCUGAUUUUUUUCCCUUAUAGCAUGCACUUUAUCGUUCCUAGAAAGCCAAAGUGUUUGGGCCCACAAAAUGCAUUAUCAAAGGCUACUUGCUUUGCUCUUGACUUGGAAAAAAGCUGGAACAUUGAGUUGUUAUUGCAAACCACUCUACGGCUCUACCAGUCCAUCUACCUUAUUGUCUGUCUGUCCUGGCAUGUCUCUGGAUGAUACCUAGACAUCUCUAGGUACCCAGAGAUGUAGCCCUGGGAAGAACAACACAUGCUCUCCAGGUCCUCUGGAGCUGUCUCCUGGGUAAGGUUUGGGGCAACCCGCUGGCCUGUCAGAGCCUUGGUUCCCUCAUUUAUGGAAGGAAGGAAACAGGGAUGCUCCCUUGGCUCGCCCAGGGUUUAGAAGUGUAAGGUGGGACCUACGAGCAGCUUCUGUGAAAUCUUAGAAAACCCUGGGAAAGGAAGAAUAGCAAAACCUUUCCGUUUCCAUCAGAGUAAAUCCUAUCAAUGGCUGUCCACAGUUCCUUAGGGAGGAAAGCGAUACCUGUACUAUGGACAUCCUCCUGGGGACUUCCACAAGAAUUGCGUUUUUAAGGAGAAUCAUAUUGGGGUUGUACUUUAGGUCGCUCUUCUGUGGUGACCUGGGGACAUUUGAAUUAUGGUCCACGCAUGAAUGGCUUUUUAGUCAGUUUCCAGCUCUGCCCUGGACUCUUGGCUGGGCUUCCUGUUGUCUUCUGUCCUAUGCCUGCAGCAUCUCUGCUCCUCACUUCUCUACAGAUGGAAACUCCUUCAUGUUCUCCUAGCUCUGAAUGGCUCAUUCUGUGUCAGGGCACAGAACCAACUGCUGCUGCCUUUUCGCUCCUUACGUGUGUGUGCACGUGCAUGUGUGUGUGUGUGUGUGUGUGUGUGUGUGUGUAUACACACUUCUUUCUGUCACCAGAUUAAGCUUUGUAAAGCAGGAGUUGGAUCAAGCCAUCUUGUCCAAUUCAGUUGUGCCUGGGUCUUCUCUGCCUGACACAGCCAUCUUCCUUUGAUCCCAGCACCUUCUGCUGGUUUCCUGUCUCCACCAAGCAGCCUUUUGGCUGAUGGCAUCACCUGUAAUCCCAUUCUCAUCCAGAGCUGAUAUCCUCUCGGGGUUCUCACUGAUAACUGGCUCAUAGCAUUAAUUGCUUUCGCCUCGGGCGAUGGUUAUUUUCUGUGCUAUUGUGAUCUUAACAGCAAGAAUUACAUAUUCUUCUGCAUUCUCAUGGUACCAAAUGCGCUGGCUUGUUCUUCGCAAGUGCUAAAUAAACGUUUAUUAAGGCAAAA